AUGUACGUCACCAUGAUGAUGACCGACCAGAUCCCCCUGGAACUGCCACCCCUGCUCAAUGGGGAGGUGGCCAUGAUGCCACACUUGGUGAAUGGAGAAGCGGCCCAGCAGGUUAUUCUUGUCCAAGUUAACCCGGGUGAGACCUUUACCAUAAGAGCCGAGGAUGGGACACUGCAGUGCAUCCAAGGACCUGCUGAGGUUCCCAUGAUGUCACCCAAUGGGUCCAUUCCUCCCAUCCAUGUGCCUCCAGGUUAUAUCUCACAGGUGAUUGAAGACAGUACUGGAGUCCGCCGGGUGGUGGUCACGCCCCAGUCUCCUGAGUGUUACCCACCAAGCUAUCCCUCAGCCAUGUCUCCAACCCAUCACCUGCCCCCUUAUCUGACUCACCACCCACACUUCAUUCAGAACUCGCACACCGCUUAUUACCCACCUGUCACCGUGCCUGGAGAUAUGCCACCGCAGUUUUUCCCUCAGCAUCAUCUUCCCCCCACAAUAUAUAGUGAGCAAGAAAUUAUCCCACUGUAUGGAAUGUCGAGCUACAUCACCCGAGAAGACCAGUAUAGCAAGCCACCACACAAAAAACUGAAGGACCGCCAGAUUGACCGCCAGAACCGCCUAAACAGCCCACCUUCCACCAUCUACAAGAGCAACUGUGCAACAGUGUACAAUGGCUACGGGAAAGGCCACAGUGGCGGAAGCAGUGGAGGAGUUGGAGGUGGAAGUGGAGGUGGCCCUGGGAGCAAAAAGUCAGAGCGAAGAGCAAGAAGCAGCCCGAAGUCCAGUGAUUCAGACUUGCAAGAAUAUGAGUUGGAAGUAAAGAGGGUGCAAGACAUUCUUUCCGGAAUAGAGAAACCACAGGUGUCUAAUAUCCAGGCACGAGCAGUUGUGUUGUCCUGGGCACCCCCUGUUGGACUGUCCUGUGGACCCCAUGGUGGUCUCUCCUUUCCUUACAGCUAUGAGGUUGCCUUAUCUGACAAAGGGAGAGAUGGGAAAUACAAGAUCAUUUACAGUGGAGAAGAAUUGGAAUGCAACCUGAAAGAUCUCAGGCCUGCCACUGAUUACCACGUGAGGGUGUACGCCAUGUACAAUUCUGUCAAGGGUGCCUGCUCUGAAGCAGUUAGCUUCACCACCCACAGCUGUGCACCGGAGUGCCCCUUCCCCCCAAAGCUGGCACACAGGAGCAGAAGUUCACUCACCUUGCAGUGGAAGGCUCCAAUUGAUAAUGGUUCAAAAAUCACCAGCUACCUUUUAGAAUGGGAUGAGGGAAAGAGGAACAGUGGCUUCAGACAGUGUUUCUUCGGGAACCAGAAGCACUGUAAGAUGACAAAACUCUGUCCCGCCAUGGGCUACACGUUCAGGCUUGCUGCUCGGAAUGACAUCGGCACCAGUGGCUACAGCCAGGAGGUCGUGUGCUACACUCUGGGGAACAUCCCACAGAUGCCUUCAGCACCCAGGCUCGUCCGAGCUGGUGUCACCUGGAUCACACUGCAGUGGACCAGGCCCGAAGGCUGCUCGCCUGAGGAAGUGAUAACCUACACCCUGGACAUUCAGGAAGAUGAAAACGAUAGCCAUUUCCACCCCAAGUACAGUGGAGAAGAUCUAACCUGUACGGUGAAAAAUCUCAAAAGAAGCACACAGUACAAAUUCAGGCUGACUGCUUCUAACAUGGAAGGGAGGAGCUGCCCCAGUGAAGUCCUGGUUUGUACAACCAGUCCUGACAGACCUGGACCUCCGACCAGACCCCUCAUUAAAGGGCCGGUUACAUCUCAUGGCUUCAGCGUCAAGUGGGAUGCUCCAAAGGACAGUGGUGGCUCCGAAAUCCUUAAGUACCUGCUGGAGAUCACAGAUGGAACUUCUGAAGCUGGGCAGUGGGAAGUGGCCUACAGUGGGUCUGCCACGGAGUAUGUCUUCACCCACUUGAAACCAGGCACUUUGUACAAACUGCGAGCAUGCUGCAUCAGCACCGGUGGGCACAGUCAGUGUUCUGAAAGUCUCCCUGUUCGCACACUAAGCCUUGCACCAGGUCAGUGCCGACCUCCGAGGGUUUUGGGUAGACCAAAGCACAAAGAAGUCCACUUAGAGUGGGAUGUCCCUGCAUCUGAAAGUGGCUGUGAGGUGUCCGAGUACAGUGUAGAGAUGACAGAACCUGAGGACGUAGCUUCAGAGGUGUACCACGGGCCUGAGCUGGAGUGCACUGUCGGCAACCUGCUUCCUGGAACUGUGUAUCGCUUCAGAGUGCGGGCUCUGAAUGAUGGAGGGUACGGUCCCUAUUCUGAUGUGUCAGAAAUCACCACCGCCACCGGGCCCCCUGGGCAAUGCAGAGCGCCGUGUAUUUCCUUCACGCCUGAUGGAUGCGUCUUGGUGGGUUGGGAGAGCCCUGAGAGCCCUGGUGCCGACAUCUCUGAGUACAGGUUGGAAUGGGGAGAAGAUGAAGAAUCCUUAGAACUUGUUUACCAUGGUCCAGACACCUGCUUUGAGAUACAAGACCUGUUGCCUGCUGCACAGUAUUGCUGCAGACUACAGGCCUUUAACCCAGCAGGUGCAGGGCCGUAUAGCGAACUUGUCCAUUGCCAGACACCUGCCUCUGCCCCCGACCCUGUCUCCUCGCUGUGUGUCCUGGAGGAGGAGCCCCUCGAUGCCCACCUGGACUCACCCUCUGUGUGCCUUGUACUGAACUGGGAAGAGCCGUGCAAUAAUGGAUCUGAAAUCAUUGCUUACAACAUCGAUCUCGGAGACACGUGCAUUACUGUGGGCAAUACUACCACACGUGUGAUAAAGGACCUCCUUCCAGAAACUACAUACCGGAUCAGAAUUCAGGCCAUCAACGAAAUUGGAGUUGGACCAUUUAGUCAGUUCAUUAAAGCAAAGACUCGGCCUUUACCACCCUUGCCUCCUAGGCUGGAAUGUGCUGCAUCUGGUCCACAGAGCCUGAAGCUGAAGUGGGGAGACAGUAACUCCAAGACACACGCUGCUGAUGACAUGGUGUUCACACUGCAGUUGGAGGACAGGAAUAAGAGGUUUGUCUCCAUCUACAGAGGACCCAGCCACACUUAUAAGGUCCAAAGACUGACAGAAUUCACCUGCUACUCCUUCCGAAUCCAGGCAUCGAGUGAAGCAGGAGAGGGACCUUUCUCAGAAACCUAUACCUUCAGCACAACCAAAAGUGUCCCUCCCACCCUCAAAGCACCUCGAGUGACACAGUUAGAAGGAAAUUCAUGUGAAAUCUUAUGGGAGACAGUACCACCGAUGAAAGGCGACCCUGUUAACUACAUUCUGCAGGUAUUGGUCGGAAGAGAAUCUGAGUACAAACAGGUGUACAAGGGAGAAGAAGCCACAUUCCAAAUCUCAGGCCUCCAGAGCAACACAGACUACAGGUUCCGUGUGUGUGCAUGUCGCCGCUGCGUGGACACCUCCCAGGAGCUCAGUGGAGCCUUCAGCCCCUCUGUGGCCUUUGUGUUACAACAACGUGAGGUCAUGCUUACAGGAGAUAUGGGAAGCAUGGACGAUCCGAAAAUGAAGGGCAUGAUGCCCACUGAUGAACAGUUUGCUGCCCUCAUUGUGCUUGGCUUCGCAACCUUGUCCAUUUUAUUUGCCUUUAUAUUGCAGUACUUCUUAAUGAAAUAAAUCCAGCACACUAGAGGUGUGAACGGAACGCCACACAUUUUAAUACACAUUUACUCAGAGCCUUUUUGUUCUUUGAUUUAUAUACUUUUCUUGUUUUACAGAUUUAGCUAGGGGAAACAGUCAGUGUUUGCCUGCACCUGUUUGAGAUGCAAAACUAGGAAGAGGUUAAACUGGAUUUUUAAAAUAAUAAUAAUAAUAAAUAAAGGAAUAAAUAACAGGAGAAGGGAGAAGCAGGAAAGCACCAGACACCAGGAGCCAGUGUACCCAGUGAGCUCAUUGUGCCCAGUGAGUCCAAUGUGCCCAGUGCUCAGUGUGCCCUGUGCCCAGUGAGUGCCCCAUGCCCAGUGAGCACAGUGCACCCAGUGCCAAGUGUGCCCAAUACACCCAGUGUGCCCAGUGAGCUUAUGUUUUCAAGCUUUCCAGUAUGCUUCUAUUCUGUUUCCACUGAUGUCUUUUGCAGGCCAUUGAUUUUUUUGUGUGUUCCAGUUUAGUAAUUUAUAUUCACAGUCACUUCUUGAUCGUCUAUAUCUGUAAACCGAAUCACAGUGUAUGGAGUUCAGGGCUGGGAUUUCGCUGUUGUCAGAGUAGUGCCACACAAGAACAUACAGAACAUGUGUGCCUUCGGCUGAGGCCACCUAGACCAUCCUAUCAUCACUCAGUUAUGGAACUGUGUAGCUCAUUUAAAUCAAAGUGUGUACUUUAAUCUAAAUGUUUUACUACUCUGUAUCCCCUAUGAUUUUAACACUAUGAGUUGCCUGUCUAAGAAAUCACAUAACCAAAUGCACCUAUAAAUGAUGGAGCAUUGUAGAUUUCCACGUCAGUCCAUAGCAGUAACUUUAAGAGGGCAUUGUGCAAUAGUUAGUUGUUUCUUGUUCAGCUACUUUAAAAGCUGCUUUAACUUGCCUGUCUGUCUUUGUAUAUAACUACUUCUAAUCUAAUCAGUAGGGUUAUUAUAUUCUGUUAUGUUUCACCAGAAUUAUGUGAUGAGAACUCAUGGCUGUUGAAUGCCUCAUAAUUGUGAGCUGUCUUACAUGUUGGCCCAUUAUUUUUGAAAGAUUUACCUUUGGCUAUCCUCUGGGGUGUCAUUGAAAUGAAUGAAGUUCAGUACCUUAUUCCAGUGCCCAUAAUGCUAAUGCAGCAGUAGAUACAAAUCUUUCUGAUAAAGCCCACAAGGGAACCAUCUACAUUUGUCCUUCUGUUUCUGGGGGCUUGAUCUGGCCACAUGUAGAGAGGGAGUGGUAACUGGCUGUAAGCACAGUGUGUUUGGGGCCAAAGAGCUUGUAAGAUUCUCUCCCUGGAUCUGUCACUAGCUUGCUUUGUGACCUCUCUGUGCCUGUUUUCCCAUGCAUGAGAAAUCAAAUCAAAUCAAAUGGCGGUUCAGUAUCUGUAAGUGCUUUGAGAUUGAGAUCUUGGAUCCACUGGUGCUAUUGGAGUGCAUGUUCAUGUAGUCAUGAGAAAAUCGGUUCUAACCCAAAGUCAUUGGAUUACUCAUGAAGUCCACAAUGUUCGAGUACCUCAGGGACACUUAAGAGUUGGAGGUGCAACUGUAUUCCAAAAGGGUGCAACAGACACAGCCGAUCCCCCUGUUCCUGUUUUUUUGUUUUUUUUUUUUUUUUUUUUUUUUUUUUUUUUUUUUUUUGUAUAUUUUUGCUCCUUGGUUUUUCUUGAUCAUAGCUGUUUUGUGCUUGGUCUAUGUUGUCUAUGAUGCAGUAAGUACCCUGUACUAGCUUAUAAUAUUCCCAUACCAAAGUCAUGGGGAAACCAACAUUAUUUUGUUUUGGGUUUAUUUAUACUAUAUUCUGCAUACAGUACUUUAAAUGCCAAUUACAGUGCAAUCUUUAUUUAUUGUAAAAUUUUUAAAAUGUACUUAUGUACUAAUUUGCCCUCGUAGCAUGUUAUAUUUUGUGUGUUUUAUACUUUUGUAAUUUUAGGUCAGUUUUGUUCCUUGGCAGCAUCUGGAGUAUUAACCUUCUGACAUUUUCUUGUGUUUUUAAAAAUAAGAACAUCUAACUCAUUAAAUGCCAAAAAAAAAUAAAAUCCCAUUAUCAGUGAUUGAAAGGUUUACAUGUACCCAGAAAACCAUAAUCAUCUCUCAGAAGAGUGCUGAGAUCAAUGCAUUAUUGUGUGCCUAUAUUGAUGUAGUCGAGUCCUAGAGAGCUCUGUAUUUUGUUAUUGACUAUAAUAAUUAGUGUAAUUAGACUUGUAAACUGAUGGUAUCAAGGUAAAUAUAUUUUUGCCAAAGCUCUGGCCUUCAGAAACUCAUCCUUUCAUCUAAAUGUGUCAUUUGACCCACUGUGACAUCACAUCUGCACUUUCCGAGACCGUUAAAGCAGGUGAGAGCACAUUGAGUGGAAUAAUUUUGAAAGCUAUCUGUGGGGAGAGUCUUCUUUUUGGAACACUUCAGCACUGCUGCUGUACAGAAGUCUCUGACGUGGUUGAAAGGUUUUAAAGGAAAUAAUACUUCCAGCCAGAAUCUCUAUGAACAUUUGAUCUUCCAGAGAUUUCCAUGCCCUAUGACCAUCAGAAAGCUGAAGUGUGUGACACACGAGCAGACAGCACUUUAUUCUAUUGCUCUCCAUUAUAAUCUCUUCAGUCAGGAAAUGAUUCCUCUACAUGGCACUAUUUUCUAUCACAAGUCUGUAUAUGUGCUGUGGAUAUAUAACUCUAUAUAUAUAUUGUCAUUACAAAGGAACAAUAAGAUAAAGUGUUCUAUUAACCUCCCCUUUGCCCUUUGCCAUAUGUAGGUGUGAGUGAGCGGCUUUCUGAUGCUCUGAUGCUUCUCUGUAUGUCACACGCAUCCCUGACACAGAAAUUCCAGUCACCUGAAGCAAACUGCCCUUUGUCCUCAAUGAAAAUGUUUAACAAGAAAACUUUUUUAAAGGAUAUUUUGCAUAUUACCUGCCUUGUUCUUAUCGAACUUGAGAUGUUGACAUUUUCUAGCCUUGUUUCUUUGGCUACAAUCAUUCAGUAUUUGUGUCAAAAUUGAAAAGUGCCCUAAUAGAAUGUGUUUGAAUGUUAUCCUUGCACAAUUCUUUACAUUGAAAGACGAGAUGUUUUACCUCACUGUUGGACAUACAUUCCAAGCUUUUCAACUUUAGAAGAAAGAAUAAUCAUGUUUUCCUGUCUUGUAAAUUUUAGAUUAUUUCAUAUACAUUGUAUUAAAACUGCCAUAUCAAUUUUAAUGUAUAGAUUUUGCAAAUACUAUGCUAUAUGUAAUACCUAACUGUAUCUGUAGUGUAUAUGUAAUAUAUUUAUGCCCAAUAAAUGUUUUAAUUCUUUCUGACUUAA